AUGGCGGAGUUUCAGAUCCCUAAACGGCAGACUGCAGCAGUGAGAGUUGGCGGGGGUGAAGAUGCCAGGGCUCCUUUGAAGGAAGUCGAUGUUACCCUUCCUGGACCCGAGGAACUGCUGGUCAAGAUCAACUGGACUGGCGUGUGCAGUUCAGAUGAUGCUCUCAUCCACGAUGGAUGGCAUGAUGUCGGUGUUGAUAUGAGCCCCGAAACUAAAGGGAUCGCCGGACACGAAGGUGCUGGAGUCGUGGUGGCUGUCGGUGAUAGUAUGAAACAUAAGUGGAAGGUGGGAGAUCGAGCAGGAGUCAAAUGGGUCUGGAGUAUCUGUGGAACAUGUGAAUUCUGUACCAAUGGCACAGACGAGCUUCAUUGUCCUUACCAGAAGAUAUCCGCGGUCACUGUUCCCGGAACCUUCCAGCAAUAUGUUGUGGCAGAUGGUAACUACACAUCGAAGCUCCCCGAUGGCGUCGAGGACGAAGAAGCUGGACCUAUCAUGUGUGCGGGAGUGACAGCUUACACUGCCUGCAAGCGAAGCGGCAUCAGGUCGGGCCAGUGGCUUGUCGUGCAAGGGGCGGGCGGAGGCCUGGGACAGUUUGCGUUGCAGUACGCUCGAGUCAUGGGAAUGCGUGUCAUUGCCAUCGGCAGCGGCGAGCAGAAAAGAAACCUCUGCACGCAGUUGGGGGCGGAAGAGUUCAUCGACCGCAAACUGUGCGAGGACAUCCCCGCCGAAGUGAAGCGCAUCACCAAAUAUGGUGCUCAUGCUGUACUUGUUCUGCCUCCUUCGAAGGAAGCGUAUGCAUUGGCACCGCAGCUUGUACGUCCUGGCGGCACUGUCGUUGUGGUCGGCUUGCCUCACGAUGCGUCGGUAAUCGCAGGCGCCAGACCUAAGCAGAUGGUUUUGGAUCGCUUGAACAUUCUCGGGAGUGUCACUGGAACGUUGAAAGAUGUCGAAGAAGCCCUCGAAUUCACCGCAAGAGGACUUGUUCGCCCUAUCUUGACCAAAGGCACCCUGGAUGAAUUGGACAAAUAUUUUGACUUGAUGCAUCAAGGAAAAAUUGCUGGUCGUGUAGUUUUGAAGGUCUCAUAG